AUGGAGACCGCCAGCUUCACAGCUCGCCGGCCAGCUGCAUCCAACCUCCCCAGCUUCCAGCUUCCCCCUCCAGAACCCCUUGGAAUGCACCACCACAAAUAUCAACAAACCAACAACUAUAUUCACGGAACAACACACAGCUCUUCCCAACCAGUUCCCGCUGUCGCUAACAAUAUAUUAACACCUCCGGCUGGAGUUUCGCAUGACGGUUUAAGUCCUCUCGCAUCUAGUGUCAACAGUGGUAGUUCUGGUAGUUCAGCCGCCGGUGUCCCUCCUUAUCAAUCUUCGGCUUUUUGGUCAAAUCCUCAGUCUGGAAACAAUUUCACGUUUAGUUCUGCGCCACCAAUGACUUCGCCUUAUGCUCAACAACAACAACAACAACAAGGUUACAUGAAUAGACCACUAUAUUCACCCUCCAUGAGUAACUAUCCCGGGUCACGGAAUCCCAAUUCUCCCACCUCAUCAGAAGGUCUCCCACCGCCUUCAUAUGAAAGUCUGCCUCCCUUUACUACCAAUAUCCCAAUGUCCGGCUCAGGUGGACAACAACAAAAUCUUCCCACACUCGCACCGCAGAAUUCUCAGCAGCAGCAGCAACAGAUGAAUAAUCAAAACCUCAUGAAUCUUCAUCAAUCUUCCUCUCAAGCAUCUCAACAAGGUAGCGCACAAGCUCCCGAUAAUUAUGGCGGACGACCACCUCCAACUCCAAGUUACUACCCCCAAUCUUCUACCCCUCAACAAUCGUCUUUCCCCGCCUAUGCCCAACAAUCACCUACGCAACAAUCACCAAAUACCUCAUCCGCUCCAUCAAAUCGCAUCUCCCCCAUCCAAACUCACCACUCACAUUCUUCCAUGGGUGCCCCCCACCAAGGCUAUCCUUCCCGUCCUACCUUCCCGCAUUACAAUCUUCCCACCUUAGCCGCACCCAUCAUGUCCAAUGUCCACCAACCUGGUAGCCAAAUGGCUCUUCUCGGUGGAAUGGGCAACAUGGCUUAUCCUCAACAAAUGUCCGGACCAAUGUAUGGCGGACAUCAUCCACAACAAAUGCCCCAAAAUGAUAAGCAAUUCAAGUGCGAUCAGUGUGCACAAUCUUUCAGCCGCAAUCAUGAUUUAAAACGCCAUAAACGUAUCCAUUUAGCCGUGAAGCCAUUCCCUUGUGGUCAUUGCGAAAAAAGUUUCUCAAGAAAAGAUGCAUUAAAGAGACAUAUACUCGUCAAAGGCUGUGGAUCAAAACCUACAAACAGCACCACGAAUCCUAAUGGAGAUUCUCAAUCUCCCGUUGAUAAAUCAGAAAUCUUAAGUGAUUCUACCAAUGAUGAUAGUCCCGAGAUGGUAAAGAAAGAAUUGUCAUAA